CUACAUACACUCAAAAACCUCAUUCUCUCCCUCCCUCUCUCUCUCUCUCUCUCUCUCUAAAACACCUCUCCUCUUCUCCACAAACAACACCACCUAUCUCUCUCUCUGAGAGAGCUAGGGUUUUUGUCUCCCUCUUCGUCUGACAACCUUGCUGGCUUUGCAGAGAGGAAGGGAAGGAAGUGAUAUAUACGGUUGUUUCGUGUGUGUGUGUGUAGGUGUAUGCAAUGGCUACGGCACCGGUGAAGUCUCAGCCACUGCACAACUUCUCGCUGCCGUUCUUGAAAUGGGGAGGCAAGAGCCACACCAACACCACCAGCCGCUGCCGCCGAACCGUGUCGCCGGUGUCAUCCGAGCCUGACUCUGACUACCACGACUCCGACCCGCCGCCACCGCGGGUCGGAUCCCGGUCCGCGGGCAACCGGUUCGGGUUCUCUCCCUGCUCCGUAUCCGACCGGCCUCAGAAGCCCGAGCGAGGAGAGAGCGGCUCCGCGGAAGCCGACGACGGCGGAGAGAGGAAGCGGGAGGCCGCGGAGGAGGAGGAAGCGGAAGCGCAGAAGCCGUGGAAUUUGAGGCCGAGGAAGGCCGUGCAGAGGAGCGGGAUGAUGGAGAUCCGGGCGGAGAGGGCGGUUGGUGCGGUGAUGGCGAUACCGGGGGUUCAGCUGCAGCAGCAGAGCGAGAACGCGCAGCCGAAGUCGCUGCGGCUGAGGGGGAUCGCGACAGAGUCGCAGAGCACGGAGAAGAGGAAGUUCUGGGUCGCGCUUUCCAAGGAGGAGAUCGAGGAGGACAUUUUCGUCAUGACUGGCUCCAGGCCCGCUCGCCGGCCCCGGAAGCGCCCCAAGAACGUCCAGAAACAGCUCGACAAUGUUUUUCCUGGGAUGUGGUUGGUGGGGACGACGGCUGAUUCUUAUCGGAUUGCCGAAGCUCCGGCGAAGAGAUAGAUAUGCUCAUAGCUCAAGCCUACUUAAAUUCCUGAUACGAAGGUAGAUACGACCACAGCAAAUUGUGAUUUGUGAAAGCUUGGAGAGGUUCAGCGACAUUGUUCCUGCAAAAUUCAGAUCUUCAUUGGAGGUAUAAUGUGCCGAAUUUUGUAAAAACGAGCAAAUCAAGUUAUCAAUAGAAGGAAGAAUAUGAAAAAGACAAAAAAAGAAAGAGAUAUCUAAUUUCUUUGCCUUCUGUUUGUUUGUUUAUUUUUUUUCCCUUUCCGUGGUACGCAUCUGGGAUUAUGAUGUAGGGGUAGAGUUUAGUUGGGUUUUACAUGGGGGUAAGUAUUUUAAGAUGUAAACAUGAAAAUAUAGUGAAUUGAAUAGUCUAAAUUUGAAUGUUAAUUUUCUGUUCAAUUUUA